AAACACUUCCUAUUUAAAGUUUUUAAAGAGUGUAGCAUUUUCCGACAUUUAAAACUAGUUAACCCAAAAAUUUGGAGAUUCCAACUUUCCAAAGAAAUAGAAUAGAAGAGAAGAGAAAGAGAACAACAGAAUGGGGAAGGAGAUGGAAGAGGUUGGAAAGCGGAACACAGUUGAGCUAUUUUUCUUAUCAACUCUCAUUCUCUGGUUCGCCUCCGUUUCUUUCCAGAUACUUCUCACAAACCGAACCCAACUUGUCUACAUCAUCGCCGGUUCCUUCUUCUACCAGUCUUCUAACUCCCUUAUCCGUUUCUUCUCCACCGAUCCUCUCUUCGUUAACACCUCCGUUUCUCUUAUCCAUUCCAUGGUCACUUCCACUUCAGUGAUCUUCAUCUUGUACAGAGAGUGGUUAAGUAAUGGGUCGAGCGGAAUGUUUGAUCACUCACAGUUGGUUGAAGGUACUUGGCCAUGGGCAUUUGAAGCAUUGUGUUUUUCAUGUGGUUACUUUGCAUAUGAUCAGUGGGAUAUGCUUCAUUACCGCUUAUAUAAUGGUUGGAUACCUUCUAUCCUUGUGCAUCAUCUGGUUCUCCUUAUUUGCUUCACUCUUGCUUUGUAUAGAAACGUCACCAUCAACUACCUUAUUCUCACUCUUAUCUGUGAGCUGCAUUCCAUCUUUUUGCAUGUGAGAAAGGUGAGACGAAUGGCUGGGAUUCGCAAUGCAAGGAGCAUUGUUGUUAAGCUAGAAUGGUUUCUGAAUUGGAUCACCUUCUUUGUGGCAAGAUGUGCAUCUCAUAUUCUCAUCACAGCCAAACUCAUCAGGGAUGCUCACAAAUUUGACAAGGGAGUGGAGUUACCACUGGCUCUGUUUGGCAUGGCUGGGAUGAAUUUUCUGAACAUUGGUCUUGGCAUUGAUCUCUUUAAAGCUUUUAAGAGAGAGAGGAAGCCUCAGCAGGUUAAUCAUCAUCAACAUCAUGAAUGAUAGAAGAGAAAAGUGCAAUAUGUUGCACGUAUUUGUCUUUUUGUACUAGUACGAGCACAAAGUAUCGCUACUCCCUCUUUACUGAAAGAAAAUCAAAUUGUAAAAAUGAUGUAAUAUAACCUCAUGCAGUAGAUAUGUCUAUUAUAUAUAUGUGCAAAUUGUUGCGGCAAAAA